AGAAACCAAAAUCACCGUUCAUGUUUUUUCAAAAACUAAAAUCUACUGCAAAAUCAAAAACCAAAAACUAAAAACCAAAAACUAAAAACCAAAAUCUAAAAACUAAAAACCAUAAACCAAAAAUCAAAAUCUAAAAAGCAUCCAAACAAUCAUCUGCUCACACUUUCUUCGAGUAUUCUGCAGUGGCCGCGAGAAUUUCAAAAUUUGAAAAAGAAGAAAAAAAAAACUUCUGUAAAAUUCUCCAUUCCAAUCCGUUCAGUUACCGGCGACGCCGCUUCCUUAACCGUCGUGGUCACCAUGUAUAAGAGAGACGAUUACGUUCGAAAUAAACCCGACGGUGUCUUUUCCAAAUGGCAGGGUUUUGCCCGAUCCAUGCUUCUGCCUAAACCCUUUUCAGAAACUGCUGAAUUACGGAGGACUGUAGCUGACUACUCCUUAAUCUCUCGAGAUUUGGCUCCAAAGAUUCUGACAGGAGCCAAGGGUAACAGGGAAGAUUUGAGAGUGGGAAAAGACUUUGUAGGUAGAUACAGAGUUCAAGAAUCUAUCCAGGGUCUUGGUGUAGCUGUCAACAUUCAUGACGCAGAUGACAUUUCUCAUGGUCAAACCGAAAGCAUUAGAACUCGGCUAAGGUCUUACGGUAGACCUGUUCCCUUGCUUAAGAAACUUGGAGACAAUGCGUCUCAAACGAUUACUCAGAAGAAAACUGGCAGCAGAAGCAACGACAAGAAGCAUGGUUUUGAAGAAGAGAGAGAUGUCAGCCGUGUGGAAGCUGAGGAGAAUAAUACUAAUAGUGUUCACGCAUCAUCGGUGCUUAGACUCAGUCGGCCCAGACCUCAACCCGUUUUAGAGAGACAUGAUGAUAUUGUUGAUGGGUCUGAUUCUGCUUCUGUUUGUGGAGUCCUACAAGAAGAUGGUACUACUUGCUUGACAGCUCCAGCCACAGGAAGAAAGAGAUGCACACAACAUAAAGGGCAGAGAAUCACAUGUGCCCCUCCUGUUAAAAAACCACCGUGUGAAGAAGAGACCGAGGAGAUCUGUGGAGUGAUUUUACCUGAGAUGGUACGUUGCAGAAGCAAACCUGUUUCAGGGAGAAAACGAUGCGAGGAUCACAAGGGAAUGCGAGUCAACGCCUUCUUUUUUCUGCUCAACCCAACAGAACGUGAUAAAAUCCUCAAAGAGGAUAAGUCCAAACCCGAGACACGCACAAGCUCAACGAACCAAGAGGAACCAGGUCAGAGUCUUUCAUGUGAAGCUACAACGAAGAAUGGUUUGCCUUGUACAAGAAGCGCUCCUAAGGGAACCAGAAGAUGUUGGCAGCACAAAGAUGAAGCUUUAGACCACAAAUCAUCUGAAAAUGUUAAGUCAACAACAGUAGUCUGCGGCGUAAAGCUGUACACUGGAUCGGUCUGCGAGAAACCUCCAGUAAAAGGACGGAAGAGAUGCCAGGAGCACAAGGGGAUGCGAAUCACAUCUUGAAUAAGCAAGCAUUGUAAGCACCUAGCUAACAGAAGUGUAUGAGUUACACAUAAUAACUAAGUAGGUACCAAGUUAUAAAUAAGAAGCAGCUUCUUUGUUAUUCA